AUGACGGAUCAAUUUGCUUUCUCGUACCCAUCGCCAUUGGAGGGCUAUGAGGACCUCGAGCCGCUGUCUGAAGAGAGAAACGACGACGGCAAAUCAUUCAAAAACCCCCAGCACGGCGUUCUCAGCAAAGCCUACGAAGAAUUCCCAGACCCGUUGGCCAAAGACCGACGCGGCGGAUUCGACAUCCACAUCUACCACUUCCAGAGCAACCCAGAUCAAGCCGCAUAUGCGCGGGCACUAUACGAACGUAUCCGUCGCGAAUUCCCCGAACUACGAAUCUACACCUUUUUCGACAAACCCAUCGGUCCCCACCCGGUAGCCAUGUUCGAAGUCAACCUAUUCACGCCGGCGCAGUUUGGCGCUUUUGUUCCGUGGCUGAUUAUUAAUCGCGGUCCUUUGAGUGCACUGAUCCAUCCUAAUACUCAUGAUGAGUCGGAGGAAGAGAGGAAUCAUACGCAAAGGGCGACGUGGUUGGGAGAUCGGAUUCCGUUGGAUUUGAGAAUUUUCAAGUUGAUGAAGGAGCGGGAGAAGCAGAAGGAAGAGGAGGCUGAGAAAGCGAAGGGUGAAAAG